AAAAAUGAGCGUUGGACAAGGAAAUUGUUCUCUUAAAACAGCAUUCGGAUUUAGUUUUGCCCACAGAUUGGUUGCUGCCGCUUCUGGUUCAUUUGAUGAAAGUGGUCAUGAACAGUUAGUUGUUGGUACAGAAACUGGGAAAAUUUGUCUUCAGGGAAGUGAAUCUGUAUUUCAUGUAAAUGAUAAAAUAAAUUUUUUGAGUGUCUACAAACACAAUAGGAAAAUAAAAGAACAAUCCAUCAAGUCUUCAGAUAAUUCUGAGUAUGAUAUUGUGAUUAUUGGCACAAGUGUAAAUAUUUUUUAA